GAAAAAUAAUCAAGAUCGUACGGCUUCUUUAUCGUUUCUAUAAUUUAGGCAGAAUCGACAGAAUACUAAUUAUAUUAAAGUUUCUGAAUCAAAUUUAAUUGAACGGAUUGAAGGUGAAUGGUGCAUAAUGUCUGAUGCCAGUAUUCCAAGAUUAAAAAUGACUGAUACUAGUGAAGAUUUACACUGUUCCACAAAAUUGAAUUAUCGCACUAUCGGCAUUAGGUGGACCAUCGAAAAUUACGAUGAUGUCUGUAAAACAGUGAAAUUACUUAAAUCGCCUGAAUUUCCUGAAGGCGAAGAGGAAUUGCAAAAAUGGUGUAUUGAAUUUGAACCUUUGGAAAUAAUCCCCAAUAGCCAACAAUUACUGGUGGUUUAUUUAAAAAGAAGGCCAUUAAACGGUGAUAUUUAUGUUGAUGCUAUUCUAGGCCUUGAAGAUAAAUCGAAACAUGUAUUAAAUCUAUCGUUUAAGUGUAUAGUGCCUGACGGAGAAUACGGAGUGUUUAGAUUUCUUGUAAAAAAUAUAUGUGAAACAUUACUGUGGAAUGAGACUGCAGAUAAAAGUUUAACAAUUACUUGUAAAAUUCGAAUUUUUGAUACCAGUGAACCCAAAACUGAAACUGCCAGCAGGAAAAAUAUAUCUGAGUUUUUUGAAACCAGUGAUUUGAUCCAAGACAUCUCUAAAUUGCUCCUCAAUGACCAAGCCUUCCAGGACGUAACGAUUUCUGUCGGGGAGAAGACUUUUCGUGCUCAUAAAGCUAUACUUGCAACACGCAGUGAAGUUUUUCAAGCAAUGUUUACAAAUGAAAUGAGCGAAAAAAGCAACUCAUUAGUUGAAAUCGAGGACCUGACCCCAAAAGUGAUUGAAAAAAUGCUUCUUUUUAUUUAUACUGAUAAAGUUGAGGAUUCGGAUUUGAAGGAAUUCGCCCCUCAACUUUUAGAUGCUGCGGAAAAAUACAAUUUGCGACGGCUGAAGGAAAUGUGUAUCGCAGCACUGUACGAAAAUUUGUCUAUUGAAAAUGUUCUCAAUACUCUGGAAAUUGCUGAUACAUAUUCAAUUCCAAAUUUAAAGAAAGAAGCUCUACAGUUUUUGGUAGCACACCGUCAAGUUGUAAUAUGUCAGGACGAAUUUAAAACUUUAAUUGCAGAACGUCCACAUUUAGUGGUGGAAAUGUUCAGGAUGAAUAUUCAGAAUAACAAUCCAGAAACUUCAACAGAUACUUUGUUUAAAAGAAUGAGAGAUAUAAUUGCAGAAAAAUAACUGCCUUCUGAAUUUCCUCUAGUAAUAUUUAAAAAAUAUCUGAGUCACAUUCCUUAUUCUGUCUUUUAGUCGCUUUGCAGAAUAUACUGAAAUGGAACACAUCACUUCCGAAGUACUUUUUUGCACUUUAUAUAAAUGUGGCGUCCAUUUUUUCCACCAGUUCUUCUAUAAUUAAAUAUUAUAUAUAUACAAAUAUUAAAGUAGAUACAUGU